AUGGUGCGCAUCGACCUCGAGGUUCCAGUCCCCGCGGUCUACAGAGGUGUGGUCAUCGGGAAAGGUGGCGAGACUCUCAAGCGGCUGCAGGACGAGUUCCGUGUCAGCAUCACUGUCCCAAAAGAUGAUUCGCGCCCGGUGCGAGUCAAAGGUCCCGUGAGCAAGUGCCAGGCGUGCGCCGACGAGAUUCAGAAGAUGAUUCAGAAGCACGGUCGAGCUCCGAAAAAAGCUAAGGCAAAGAAGCCCACACAAAACAGCCAUACCGCAUACCCACCAGAGUGCCCCCUUUGCAAGUCCACGAUGAACUCCAUGCGGGAGGCCUUGUUGCACCUUCAGAGCUCCAAGCACCAGACAGCCGUGCUCGAUGCAUGCUCCGAAGUCUCCUGCUGGCUGUCGGAGGGCAAGACUUUGGAUGUGCAGGAAGUGCAGGGCUUGUUGAAGGUACCAGUGUACCGGGAUCUUCAUGAAGCGCACGGAUUCAAGCCUGAAGACCUUCUUGCUUCCGCAGUUGUGGAGCUGCAGAGACUCUCAAGGGUGCAGGAGAUACAUGAAGACUCGCUGCGUCUGAGCGCGGAUCCGGCAUGGCUGAAGGUCGAGGGCCGCAUGGUGGUGGAGUGGAAUGACACACCCUUGACAGGAGCAGUUGCCCUAGAGUGCGCCCCAGACUUGGUGGACAUGAUGGAGCGUUGCCGCCUGCAGGCGCCUCCAGUUGCAAGGGUCCCAACGGUGCUCCCGGCGCCCCUCCCGCGGGGAAACCACAAGCAAAAGAGCAAGGACGUGCUGAGAGGCGCUCACAAGUAUCCUGGCGAACCUGGAAGUGGCCGCCUGGGCAUUGCCAUCAUGCGGAAGUUUGGUGUGCCGGAGUGUGACAUUGUGUGUGGCACGUCAUUCAUCAAAGCCCUCGCUGGUGAUUCAGGCAGAGUCAAGGACACUUAUUACCUGCAAAAAUUCAAGAACACGAUUUGCGUGCUGCACAUUCCCAAGCGUUAUCACAACCAAGACGAUGCAGGACAUGCAGUAGAGCGCUUACUUUGUGGCGAGGCAGCUUUCUGCCAGUUUGCCGCUACGACGCUGCGGGUAGACGGCACGAGCUUCUUCGUUACCUCAGAGGUGGAUGCAGUGGACGAAUCUGGGGAGUUGCUGGAGAUCAAAAGCUCCAAGCACGGGAAACCUAUUUCCAAAGAGGGAGUCUUACAGACCCUGGUGAAUGGAUCGAAAGCAUUUCUUUGCUGCAGUUUGGAUGAGGGGCAAACGAAGCUUCUUGAUGCGUGGGUAGCUCCUGCGAAACAGGUUCAGCAGGAUUAUCGGCAAAGCUUGAUCUACUACGGGCAGCGUGCAAGGUUAAUGCUGGCGAAGGUACUGCAGCAUUUCUCGGAGAAUCAGAGCACUGCGUCGGUGUGGAAACUGACCUUUGAUGAUUGCAAGCUGCCUGUCUUUGACUCGUCAGAGACUGUGCACGUCUUGCCGCUAGGGCUUGAUUCGUAG